GUAUAUACACACCACCAUGAUGUAUUGACGUAUUGACUGGAUGACUAACUCUAACGCUAACACGCUGCCAUGUAAUAAGGCAUCCGAGAUUAUUGGUCUAAUCACAAAUGUUUGUCGUUUACCUUAGGUGGCACGAACCAUAGUAGAAUUAUUGAUGUUAUUGUACUGAUGUAGGCUGAGCCAGAAAACUUCAUUCCUUUACUGGUUCUCGGCCUUACACAGUUGUGCUGCAGAUGUUGCAUUAAUGGGGAACUAGUCAGAGGAGAUGAAAAAUAAUCAAUUUGUAGAAUAUUGUGCUCUGUGACGGAGAGAUGUGGGCAUUAUUGCACAUUCGGUAAAGUGCAUGAGUAAUGCUGGUGAAUGAGCUAUAAGCUGGCAGACACAGCACGCACAUGUUUAACUCUUACUACCAAUCCUAUAGUAGAUGCAUGGAUGCUAAACUGUUUGAGGAUUUACUUCAGUGAAUUUUUUCUUUUGAUUUUAUCAGUUUUGUGCAUACCCUUUCCCAGAAAGGAACACUCUGAUUAUGGUAGGAUGCAGUUGGAUUAUUCACUGAAUAUACGUGGAUCUGAUGUGACAAUCUCCGUUACUAAAAUUACUAAUUCUUUUUUAUUGGGACAUUUGAGAAAUGGAAAGCAUAGAUUUGGCUCCUGCUAAUGUCAUUACUGCCUGGUGAAUGGGAUAUAUAUCGAAAGCUAGACCCACAUUGUAGAUUGAAAUGGAAUAGAGGUGUAUUAGCACUGCUAGUGUAAAGAAAGAAAAAAAUUAAAGUUGUCUAUCAGAUGAAUGAACGUUUUUCUAAUUCGUGGGGAACUGUCUGGGAAAGAUUUCACUGAUUUGGAUGUUGAUGGAGAAAGUAUUGAUCAUUAGGAUUUGUUCCAGAUAGGAUAUAAAUUCUAUCUCAGAUACCAGACAUGUUGGAGCAGGAUUAUUACUAUAGACAGGAAGAGGAGGGUCGAAUGGAAUCAGAAGUGGAAGCAGACAGUGACCAUGAAGAUGGAGACCAUGACCUUGCCCAUGGGCACUGGAUGGGUCACCCAGAUUAUCCUAGCAAGGACUCUGAUGACACUGGGACAGUCCGCAGGAAGAAGAAGACGGUCGUAACUCCCAAAAUGGCGAUGGAGAGCUUCCGAUCCUCUUUCCUUAACACAGAUGAAAAUCAAGAUGUGAAUCUGGACGCUAUUUUGGGAGAACUCUGUGCGUUGGAAUCUCAGCUAAGCUGUGCUCAGUCAGACCUCCACCGGCGCUCACAGGAACACACCUCGGGACUUGUAAAAGAUGAACACAGGGACAGCGGCAACGAUCUCGCCCAGGCUGAACUAGACGCUCUGGCAUCCGAAAUCACCCAGAGUCUGGCUUUCCGACACAGCCUACCAUCGGACCACAACCAUGAUUUCAUGCAUGGGCAGUUCCUGACCAAACAUGGUUCCUGUAAUGAUAUUGGUAACGAUAGCGGAGAGACUGACUCCGCCUUUUCAGAGAAUGCUUCACUUCCGUCAUCUGAGUCUUUUACAUCCAUGGUGACAGUGUCAUCCACAGCUGAGGCAUAUAAUCAGUCUGACGCCUGCAGUAUGGCUAGCAAUGCCAGCACGAUCACCCCACUCUCUGUUCAAGCUUCAGAGAUGCAUGCUCUUCUAACUUCACAUCUAAGUCUUUAUGAAGAAGAACUCGGCAAGGAGAAUUACUCUAUAGAAGAACACAAAGCUAGACUGCAGGCGGAGAAAAUCCGGAUUGCUCUGGAGAAAAUAAAGGAAGCAAAAAUUCGUAAAUUGUUUGUGCGGGCAUUUGGUAAAGAUGGCAGCAGCAAGAGUAUUCUCGUGGAUGAGAAGAUGUCUAUAUCGGAUGUGUGCAGCGUCCUGGCGGACAAAAAUCACACCCGGCUGAAUUCCAAACUUGCUGUUAUUGAACACAUGCCAGAAUUACUCAUGGAGCGUAUUCUGGAGGAUCACGAUACUCUGGUGGAGAAUAUGGUCAUGUGGACAAGAGACACUAACAAUAGAGUCCUAUUUGAAGAAAGGGAGGAAAAGAAUGAUCUAUUUAGACAUCCAGAGAAAUAUUUGCUGAUGAGUUCUUCGUCUGAGAAAGGUGCCUCUUUAGAUCCAGGAAGAAGACACAAGCUUAUAAUGGAAUUCUUUGGUGGAGGAGGAAGACAAGUUCCGGAGGUGGAAGGUGUGAUGUACCUUAAAUCUGAGGGUAAAAAAGCCUGGAAGAAAUUCUUCUUUGUUUUAAGGUCGUCAGGCCUUUACUACAACCCCAAGGGCAAAAUUAGUAAGGCCUCCAAAGACUUGGUGAGCAUGGUGAAUUUUGACUUUGUGGAUGUGUACAGAGGGCUUGGCUGGAAAAAGAAGUAUCACGCCCCCACAGAUUACUGCUUUGCUUUGAAGCAUCCACAGAUCCAAAAGAAGACGUCAAAAUACAUCAGGUACUUCUGUACUGAGAACAAAAAUGCUCUGGACCAGUGGAUUAUGGGUAUACGGAUAGCCAAGUAUGGACAUCAACUACUGGAUAACUAUGAAAAACUACGACAUGAAAUUCAAAUGUGGGAUUACCGUGAAAUGCGCAGUAGUGUUUCAGAAGUACCAAGUGAAACAUUAGAAUUAAAUCCGGAUGUGAAAGACAGUCGACUGUCUAUGCCAGACCCUAGUUCCAGAAAUUCUAUAGUGUAUGUACAAAAUUCUAGUUUUACUUCAAGUGGGAGUGUAUUGGAUCACUCAGAAGAUCUCGUGGGACCAGAAUCACGGAAAACAACACUCAGUAGUCAAAGUUCCUUAGAACUGCCGCCUAGUGGUGGAUUGCAGAAAACCCACACAAAGCGUGUGUCAUUCAGUAAUACUCCUAGUGUUAUUAACGCAGACUCGGAUUCCGAGAUGAGGGUGAGACAUCGAGAUUCCAUCACCAGUGCAUCUACAGACUCUAGUGAGGACUCCACAUCAAGUGGGGAAAGUAGACUCAGUUCUAAUUCAUCUGCUUCUCGUGGGAAAUUUCGGGCGAGAAUUCCUGUGACCACGGAAACUACACGUCAGAUUUCCGAAAUGGUGCAAGUAGCCAUGGAGGGAAGUUCAAUUUCUUCCUGUGAGUCAGACACUCGAACCGGUGGUCAUGAAAGAAAGCCUUCUUUAACAAAACUCAGUGAGAAGGAGAAAUCGAGAGCCUCUGUUCAGAGACAUGAGAGGAAGAGUUCAGAUGGCAGUAUAGAGAGAGAGCAGAGCACUCAUAAGAAUGUGUCACCUCAGCAUACUCUCAUACAUCGAACCGCACCGUCGCCUCCUCCUCUCAAGUGCCCCCUAAAUUAUCAGAGCAUACAAGAGGAUGAGGAAGUGUGGCAGAGAAAUGAAAAUUUUGUGCCCACCAGCACGUACCCCUACCACCCGCCCCAUCAUAUGGCAGGUCAGAUGUCGAUGCCUAAAAUGCCCAUGUCUCCUCCUCUUCCAAGGGUCUAUUCAGAUCCUUCUCAAGAGAGAUGCAUGUCCCCACCUCCACAUGAGAGGUUUAAAUCUCCACCCCCUCCCUCUCACGGAAGGGUCAUGUCUCCACCAUCGCAUCAUAAAGUAAUAUCCCCCACAUCAGCACCUAUAGAUCCCUGGGAAUAUCGCACAGACCUUCCACCACCUCCAGCGGCAAUAUAUUCUCACGUUGAGCAAGGAGGUAGGCCACAGGGUCCUUUAAUAUAUCAAGAACAAAAACUGUCAAAGCAUACUGUGGCAGCACCUAAAUCUGUUACACCUAAGGUGCCUCAGAAUUUAAGCCACUCACCACCCCCUCCCAUGCCACCACCAGGGCCAAUGGCGAAACCCCCUUCACCAGGAACCUUGCCAUUUCAUCCACCCCCACUCACAAGUCUCUCCAACCCGAUGAUGAAGCAGGGUAAUGGUUUGUCAGAGGAUUGUGAAAGCAAUGCAUCCUCCCCAUGUCCAUCUGAGUCCUCACCCACUACCCCCAGAGGAGUGCUGGCAAUGCCUCCUGCCAUGCCAUUGUUGCAAAAUCAAUAUGUAAGCUUACAGUCAGGUGCCAUGGGCCAGAUCAAAAAUGCCCCGAAGUCAGGACCAGAAGUCACAUCAGGGUCAUCGAAGUCUUCUGUAGCUGUGGCCCCACCAACUCCUCCAGCUGUGUCUAUGGCCAGUCCACCACCUACUAGCCAACAGAAAAAGUACCCCCCACCUUUGUCUUGUGGGGUCACUAGGUCAUCUGCCAGCCCUGGAAUAUUGUCUCCAGUAAGUCCCAUGUCCCCACCUAUGAUUCAUUCACCACAGAUGAGAAACAGUGCACAUGGUUACGAACAUUUUGACCAGGUCCGAGUACGACCAGGAUCUCAAGCUAGUCGUGUCUCUACAGGGAGCAACACAUCCAGAACUUCAGGGGGGUCUGUUCAGUGCUACCCUCCCCCUCCCCCCAACCCUCAGCCAAUGUCUCCAGGACAAGAAGAUAUUGGUAAGACAUUGCCAUUCUUAGAUGAAUUAUCAAAACGUUCAAGUACAGGGAGCAAGAAGGUACCACCUCAGACUCUACCAAAACCAAGUGACGGGGGACAGAGUUCUAACAUGCAAAAUAUCAAUGGUGCUACAACUACACUGACCAAUGGGAUCACCCCACAUAAUCACAAACCUGAGCAGAUCAGGCCAAAUAGUGCUCCUGUGAAAAAGGGGGUGCCACCACCUCCACCCAAACGUAGUGAAACUACAAGACUGUCCUCUGAUUUAGCCAAAGUCAAAGACCAAGAUAAUGCAGUGCCAAAUGUACACAACUCACCAUUAUAUGAGAAUUUUCAGGAGUGUGAUGGAAUUAUGGACAUUAACGACCUUCCUCCCCCUCCCCCUGAACUGUUGGCAGGGUUAGCUAGUGAUGGUAAUGUCAAACGUAGUAAACCCCCACCCCCUCCCCCAAAGCGCAGUCGUGAGACUCAUCUAACUCAUUGAUUGGACGCCAGUGCUUUGUGUAUUUAUAGUACCCGCCCAGUGCAUUCAAUGUGAACUAGUUAUACACACAUCAUGAAAAUGUCAUUCUGUUAAAGAUAUUAAAGGGAUUCAUUUUUAAUGGAUGGGAUGAACAAUGUUGAGAUUUAACUUUUGAAUGAGAAGCUUGUAUUUUUAUACUGACAUCACAAUUGUUAUUGUACUCUCUUAUUGUAACACAAAGUUGUGUUUUAAGAACACGUUAAUUUUAAAGAAUGUUUCAAUGAACUCAUUAUUAUACACACACUCCCACCAAGUUUUGAGGGUACACCAGAAUCACUUAGUUCUCAUCCCUUCGUCCAUCCACAGGAAUUCUUUUCUUUGAAGCUAUUAAUUGGUUGUUGUGUUUCUACCCCUCAACAUUUGUGAAAAGGUUAUACCAUUCAUUGCUCCUUGUUACUUGAGAAUUUUCAAAUAGAUUCACCCAAUUCUGAGAAAGUUGUGGUUGUUUUAAGAUUUUAAAAAAAAAAAUGCUCUGUAGAUUUUACCAAUUGUUUGCAACAUAACGAGAAUGUAGGCUGAUACUCGACACAAAAAUUGACAUGAAGGUUUCUCGUGAUCCUACUACAGAUGUAAAUGGAUCACGGAGUAAAGGUAUUCAUGUACAAAUGCAGCAGAAAAGCUCUGCACGGCGGUCACGCCAAAGGUGGGGUAUGUGAAAUCCUUGUGAUCAUACUACAAAGUCGUUUCAACAAUGUUGAGGUCACUAUGGGAAAAGGUAUUAAAUCUUGUCCAAGCCAUGUCUUUGCAACAGAGAAAGAUAUGCUUGAAGCAAAGAUGAUGCUUUAUUACAGAGUGAUAUGUCAUGUGUCAAGGUAAAUUUGGCUAUGUGAAGGCCACUUUAAGAAAAUUGUAUAAGAUUUUGUAGAAAGCAUAUGUUUGCAAACUAUUUCUGUAACGAUAUAGCCUGGUUGUCCUCUCAUCUCAAGGUCAGAUGAAAAAUGUCAAGGUACCCGAGAGUUCAUUCUUCUGCAAGCUCUGCAUUAUCGUCUCCAUUGUUGAUUAUGACCUGAAAGUGUGACAUAAUUCUGAUUCAAGGUCACUAUCGUAAGGAUUAUGCAUUCUCCAUUGGACAAAAUUUAAAUUUGUGUGUCCCUGUUCCUUUGUAGCAGACAGAAUUUAAACGUUGAUAAGAAUAUGACAUUGAAAUGUUGACAGAAUUUAAACGUUGAUAAGAAUAUGACAUUGAAAUGUUGACAGAAUUCAAACGUUCAUAAGAAUAUGACAUUGAAAUGUUGACAGAAUUUAAAUGAUAAGAAUAUGACAUUGAAAUGUUGACAGAAUUUAAACGUUCAUAAGAAUAUGACAUUGAAAUGUUGACAGAAUUUAAACGUUGAUAAGAAUAUGACAUUGAAAUGUUGACAGAAUUUAAACGUUCAUAAGAAUAUGACAUUGAAAUGUUGACAGAAUUUAAACGUUCAUAAGAAUAUGACAUUGAAGUGUGCAGACAUUAUUUAAACGUUGAUAAGAAUAUGACUUUGAAGUGUGCAAUAUUCUGAGUAUGACUCAGUUUGAAAGUGGCCUACGGGGAUAUCUUCUCAUUUUAUCAAACAUCCAAACUCAAGAGUACAUACUUUUGUAUAAUUUUACUAAGCUGCAGUGUGCUGUGGUGAUGAGUCAUUGAGCAUUAAGUGGCAUGCAUCUGUUCAUAGUCGAGUGCUUAUGGCUUGUUUACUCUAUGUUGUGGGAUGUCUUGCUGUUCUUUGUAAUAAUGAUUACACACACCUCAAUGUCUCAAUCAAAAUGUGUGACAUCAGUGUACCUUAAUUACAUGUAUUUUGUGACAUCAGCAGUGUACCUUAAUUACAUGUAUUUUGUGACAUCAGCAGUGUACUUUAAUUACAUGUAUUUUGCCAAAUAAUUUGAUUGUAUUUUUGUGCGUCAUUAUAGAGUGCUGAUAAGUAGAACGAGACAAAUUUGAUACGCUUUAAGUAUGAAUCCCUCGCUGUACAGUAUGAUUUGAAGAGCAUACUAUAACAGUAAGUUAACAAGAAGUUGUCUUAUGUUUGUGAUUUAAGUCCAAAUUUGAUGCUAGAUAAUCCAUUCACGAGUAACAGUUGUGUCAGCUUUUAUAUCGCAGGAUUUAAAAUGUCUUAAUACAGGGAAAUCCGGGCAAUGAAUUAACAUUAAGAAAUAACCAAUAAGGAAGUGAUAGAAACAUUGCUUACAGUUCGUUAGUACUCCCACUCAUUCUUUGUUGACUCAAAAAGUUACCAUGACAACACUACAUAUCUAUAUUUAAAUCUACAUUUAAUUGCUUAUCGUGUGCAAGUUGUAUAACAUCGCCUUUUCAAGCGAUCCCCCCCCCCUCCCAUCAUAUCCAAAGUAAUGCCACCCUUUUUUCGUGAAAAGAAAAAUCGAAGUUAUGCAAUUUUUUGUGAAUAGAGGUAAGGGUAGUUUUUGUGUUGAAUGGAAGGAAUUGGUUAUAAAUGUUGCAGUUUAGUGCAAACAAUCCGAUAUCUGAAUGCAGUAUUACUAAAUCACCAUUCAUGUUAUCAUAUGUAGCAAGCUACAAAAAAAAAGUAGAAACGCAGCAUCGAGCAAUGUCAGUGCAUCAGGUUUACCAUGUCUUUUCUUUACAUACAAGACUCUAGUAAUUAAAAUGUCAAGUUCAUCGUUUAUAAUAAACUUAACAUGCUAUUUAGCUGACAGAAACAGCUAGUAAUGUCAUUAGUAUCCCAAUAUACAUAUGUAUAUAUGAAAGGGUGUAAAUGUUCUGCAAUCAAAUUAUUCACGAUAUAUUGGUGCAAGUGUACCAGACCAGCUAGAGUGGACAUACAUGUUCAUUUGAGCUUACAAUAAAAUUAGGUGAUUCGAACAUCAUUUACUUAAAGGUAAUAAAGUAAGGCGAUUCGAACAUCAUUUCCUUAAAUAUAGUAACAUAAAAUGUUAGUUUGUCAGCAUCAGAGGUUUUAUGCAUCAUCUAGGAAAGAUGGCAAGAGAUUCAGGAAAAUUAAGAAACUGAUGUCCCUACCCUCACUGUAAUCUGGACAAAUAAAGUGAUCUUUAUGCAGAGAGAAUAAUAAGAGGCAUUGAGAGUGUGCUUUUAUGAUGGCUUCUACAAAUUGUUUACCACUGCUGUGUAAGUAAAGAAAAAAAGCCCAAAAUUUAUUGUGUAUAUCAAAAGAUGGGACUAGGUAUGAAAUUGAAUGCAUUUAAUUUUAUAUAACCCCAAUUACUACUACUGAUCAAGAAUUUUGCAUAAUACAUCAGUAUCUGUCUCUAUCAGUGGAUCAUUAUGUCAGUCACUUUGAUAAACAUUAUACAAGUUUUAAAUUUAAUUUUUUUAAUGUUCAUUUUAUUUUUGAAAGAUGUAAAUUCUCGUGUAACAAGUGAAAGAUUUGUACAGGGUUUGUGCAAUAAUAAAACAUUGUGCAUAAAAUUCA